AUGUCGGACGCCGAGCUGGGCUACAAGGGCUCGAUCAAGACCCAGACUGCGGAGGAUACGCAGUCCUCUAAGGUGUCGAUCGAGGUUGGUCAGGAACAUCUCGCGGGUGUCAUUGCCCCCCAUGAGUCCUACGAGGGAUAUCAUCGGUUCGAUCCGACGGCAUCCUGGACGCCACAGGAGGAGCGGAAGCUGGUGAUGAAGACCGAUCUGAUGCUGAUGACCUGGAUCUGUGUCAUGUUCUUCGGCCUCCAACUCGACCGAGGAAAUCUGUCCAACGCGCUGACCGACAACUUCCUCGAGGAUCUGGGCAUGACGACGGACGACUACAACAACGGCUCCACCAUCCAACUGAUCUGCUUCCUGGCUGCCGAGUUCCCCGUGCAGCUGCUCAUCAAGCGCUACGGCUUCAAGCGCGUGCUGCCCAUCAUGAUGCUCUGCUGGAGCUUGGUCUCGUGGACCCAGGCCUGGAUGACCAGCCGGGCAGGCUACUAUAUUACGCGGGCGUUGAUCGGGGCCUUCGAGGGCGGGUUCAUCCCGGGUACGAUUCUGUUCGCGACCUACUUUUACAAGACGAAGGAGCUGUCUGUGCGGUUGUCGUUCUUCUGGUCUACGCUGAACGUCGCGCGCAUCAUCUCCUCCCUUCUCGCGGCCGGAAUCCUCGAGAUGCGCGGCGUCCAGGGAAAGAGUGGCUGGUUCUGGCUGUUCCUUAUUGAUGGACUGCUUACGUUUGUUAUCGGAUUGAUCAGCGUCUUCUACCUCCCCAGCUCUCCCACCAACACCAAGAGCGUCCUGUGCCCGCGGCCAUGGUACACGGAGCGCGAAGAAGUCAUCAUGAUCAACCGCCUCCUCCGCGACGACCCCUCCAAAGGUCUCACGCACAUCAACUCGCACGCCACAAUGCGCGACAUCCUCGAAGCCUGGCGCGACCCCUCAAUGUGGGGCCUGUACCUAAUCGGUCUCAUCGCCUACAUCCCCCAAUCGCCCGUCUCCAGCUACCUCUCCCUGACCCUGAAACGGCUGGGCUUCAGCACCUUCGACGCCAACAUGCUCAGCAUCCCGUACGCCGCCCUACAGAUCAUCCUCAUGCUCGCGCUCUCCAAAAGCAGCGACUACUUCGGCGAGCGGACGUUCCACUGCUUCUUCGGCGAGAUCUGGGCGCUGCCGCUGCUGGCGGUCCUGCUCACGAUGCCGGCCGGUGGACGCGACUGGGCCCGGUUCACCAUCAGUACACUGAUCUCCGGAUAUCCGUACUUCCAUCCGAUUGUGUCGGCGUGGAUCUCGGAGAAUUCGUUCGAUGUCAAGAAGAGGGCCAUUACCGCGGCCACGUAUAAUGUCGUGGUGCAGGUGGGGUCGGUGAUUUCGAGUCAAAUCUACCGCACAAGCGACCAACCGUACUACUACACCGGCAACAAAGUGCUUAUCUCGAUCUGCGUGCUGACGCUGUUCGUCUUCAUCGGGCAGCGGGAAUGGCUCCGCCAUUUGAACAGACAAAAGGAACGCAAGUGGAAUGCUAUGACCACCGAAGAACGCGUGCUGUACCAGUCUGACCAGGCGGCGCGCGAUAAGGAGGGGAACCAGCGGCUGGAUUUCCGCUUUAAGUACUGAUACUGAUACUGGGCGGAGUGGGUAAUAAUGAGAAGAAGAGAAGAGAAGAGAGAAGAGAGGGACUGAUCUUGACGGUGUCAUGCGAUGCGCUCCGAUGCUAAUGGGUCUGAUAUGUG